AUGAACAUAAAACUCACGUGUACGCUUUUGUUGUUAACCCUAGGCCCUAGCAUGCAUAAGAUUUUUAAACUCCCUGAUCCUUACACCGAUGUCAAGGAUUUCACGCGAAUCCGUUACUUAUUCGGGUUCGACGAGUCUAGAAACGAGCAUAAGAUUUUGAUGAUUAGAGAUUCUUCUCUACGUUCUAUGGAGAUUAUGAUUUUCUCUAUGUCAAGUUAUUCGUGGAGAAAGAUCCAUGCAGAGCCUCCUCUUGGUUUUACUUGGGAUGGUUUGUGGCUCAACUUUUACCACAAUGUUUGUGUCAAUAGUGUAAUACAUAUAAUGCUUGCAGUUUCAUUUGACAUUUUAGCGUUUGACUUGAGAACUGAAAAGUUUUCGAUAAUUACCACUCUUCAAGGUGUUUUGCCCGAAGACUAUGAUGAUACGAAACAAAAUGAUCCUUACAUCAUUAAACUCAAUGGUUGUAUAGGAGUUGUUUGCUAUGAUAGUGUGGCGGAAAACAACGAAAUGUAUAUUUGGAUAUUACAAGACUAUGAAAACCGUGUUUGGGUCAAAGAAACCGUUACAUUCCCCGAGGAGUGGAUUACGUUACUAUACCCUUUGUCUUUCCCUGUGGAUUCUGUUAAUAUGGACGAGAUUAUCUUUAUCCCGAGCAACUUUUCUGGUAAUGUGAUAAGUGUACCCGUCUAUAACAAGAAGACUAGAUGUUUUAAAUCAUUGCGAUUCGCUUCAGGUAAUCAAUUUUCGCUGUCCAGAACAUUGCAGUUCCGUUAUAUCAGGUGUUAUGUUGAAAGCAUGGUGCCUUUGUAG